UAAUUGGUCAUAAUAGAAGAGUCAUAAUACGUAAAUUUAGACAAAAAGAUUUUUUGCUAAAUGAAAAGCUUUUAUAACGUGGCUAUUGACGAAUAUAAAGACCUGGUUGAUGAGUAUGAGGGCUGGUACAGCAUGCAUAUUAUAUCUUGCCUAAUGCCCGUGGGGUUACUGUAUAUACUCAUGUCUCCGACCUUUCGGAAGAGUGGAGAGCUAAGACAUUUUGGAUUUUUAUUUUCAAACGUAUUGUACUUAUUAGCUGUUUGGGUUGGUAUAAAUAGUCCAGGGAUUAUGUUCACAUUGGGUGGAUUUACCUGUGAGGUGCUUAAUUACAUUCGAAUAAUUUCCGCAGAAAUUUCAUUGUACUUAUUUAUAGGUUCUGCAUGGUUUAUGUACGGUUUCUAUAUAUUACUGCUUAUAACAGAAAGUAUUUACAUGAGCUUUCCUCUUUCUGUUUUUAUAUCUAGCAUUGCAAUAUUUGCUUGCACAGAAAUUAAAAGUGUUUAUAUAAUAACCCAUACAAUGUGUUAUUCAGUUCUAAUAAGCAUAUUUAUAACAGGAGCAGUGUACUUUUUUAUUUCAGAUCCUUCUUUAAAAUAUAUUCAGUCAGUCUCGGUGAUAAAUAUAGGGAUAGUCUUCUUAUGUGCACUAAGUAGAAAAAUUCUAGCUAAAUAUACAAAGAAACUACUUCAUAGAUAAAAUAACCCGAUGUAACCCAUAAAAUCAAUUAUUUAAGUGUAAUUAACCUGUAUUAUU